AUGGCGGACCUCCGGGGCGUCGCGUGCGUCGCGUGCGGCUCCGAGACGUUCGAGGAGACCGACGCGGGGUUCUACGUGUGCGCGCGAUGCGGCACCCAGUCGCAGGACGUUCGUAAGGACGUGGACGACGAGGACGCCGCGCUGAGCAUGGGCCUCGUCGGCCGGGGCGCGAGGAGCCGGCGGGUGCGCGACCCAACGCGCGCUCGGCUCGGCGCCGACGGCCGCGUGAUCCAGCGCGGGGGGGAUGCGCCGAAGACCGCGGACGACGUCGCGCGGGAGAGGCGCGCGGAGGCCGACGCCAUCGCCGCGCGCGUGCGCGCGUACGAGGAGGGCCUGCGUCGCAUCGCCGACGCGGUGUGCCAGACGCUCGUGCGCGUUCACGGCGCGGACCCUGCGAUCCGGGCGACCGCCGCGAACGUCUGGCGCGGGUACGUCGCCGCGUGCGGCAUCCUCGGCAAGGAUUUCGGAGACCCGGCGACGUACACCAACCCGGCGAGGCGCUUCGGGAAGCGGGACGGACGAGGGCCCACGUGGAUCAACGGCGAACGGAUUGCGACGGGGAUCGCGACGGCGACGGCGGUGUCUUCGACGACGGCGAAAGGCGCAGCCGACGACGACGACGACGACGACGACGACGACGACGACGCGAACGAGGACUCCGACCGACCGGAGUCGUCGUCGUCGUCAUCCGAGGACGACGACGACGACGAGGAGAAGAAGGACGACCACAAAAACGCAAACGACGCGGACGGGAGUCGAUCCCGCGACGUCGAGCCCACCCCCGGGAAGCCCCUGACGCUCCGCCGGCUCGUCUCCCGACACCUGCCCCGCCGCUUACCCCUCGCCGUGGCGUACCUCGCGUGCGUCCUGCGCCGUGAGCCCUUGCACCCGGCGGACUUCACCCGAUGGGCGCUCGAGGGCGAUUUACCUUUCAUGGCGCACGCCGCCGACGUCGCCAAAGACCUGAGACGCGCCGGCGCUGACCCGUCCCCGUGGCCGAACGCGCUCACGACGCCGCGAGCGACGCCGCUUCCCGAUAAGAUCGCGUCCUGCGCGCACGACGUGGCGUGCACGUUGAACAUCGAGCUGCCCCCGUGCAACGCGCUCGGACUUUGCGCGAGAUUCGCAUCGGAGCUGGGUUUGAACGAAGACGUCGCCGACGCGUGCGUGCGAUUGCUCGCGGCGCACGAGAGCGACGGCUUACGCGCGCACGGGCGAACACGGACGCGAGGUUGUUCGGCGCGCCUUCGAGGUGUGGCGCGUUCGCGGCUGGUAUCGGCGCCGCCCCACGUUCACGCCAUGGCGUACGUGGUGGCGGCGAUUAAUCUUCUUCACGGGCUGGACGGGCGAGCAAAGGGGGGGGACGUCGACGCGGACGACGCGCCGGGUUGGCGGGGCCGUCGCACGGAGGCGAGGCGCGCGGGGCGAAACGCGACGCCGGUGACGAGGCGGGGGCGACGGAGUGUACCCGCGAACGGGAGUUUGCCCGCGAACGGUCCAGCCGCUGUGGAGCGAAAACUAACGAUCGACCCGCCGCGCGGCGGGUGGAUCGCGUGGGCCGAGCGGACGAUGCGCGAGGGCGCCAGCGCGCCGCGCCUCCCCGUGCGGGUCGCCGAGGCGGCAUCGCGGACGCCGGCGGCGGACGACGACGACGGAGCUUCUGGAGCUUCUGGAGCUUCUGGAGCUUCUGGAGCUUCUGGAGCUUCUGGAGCUUCUGGAGCCUCUCACCGCGAGAGCGUCGACGCGUUUCUGGAGUAUUGCAAGUCGCACGCGCUGCGCGGCUUGGAGGACGGGCUUCCCGAGGCGCACAGGCGGACGGUGGACGCGCUCUGGCGGAUACACGACGCGCGAGGAGGCGCCGACGUCACCUCCGACGACGGACGGCCGCUCGUUCCGCCGCAGCCGACGGCGGAGCUCGCGCCGGGCGGUGACUCACCGGGCGGUGACUCACCGGGCGCCGCCGGCCGCGUCGACCUGGACGCGUCGUCUCGGAGGAUCGGCCCCAUCGCCGCGCACCUCGCGCGCCGCGUCUCCACCCGCCCGUCGACCCGCGCCGCGAGGGCGUCCGCCGCGAAGCUGCUGACUUUGGUCCCGGCGGCCGGCACGGGGUUCGAUCCGGCAACCUCCGAUCCGGAGUUUAACCAACCAACCAACAAACAAACCGAGGCGUACGUCGCGGUGGUUCGCGCGUGCGCCGGGCACGCGUGGGCGGAUCCGCGGGCGCUGCACGAGUGCGCGCGGGACGUGGACGCGGGGUUCGUCGCGUACCUACAACGAAGGGGUCACGCGGGGAAAGGGAAAGGGCUGGGGAAAGAAGGGACGGAGACUUGGCGAAAAGGGACGGGGAGCGACGAAGACAAAGACGCGGGGGGGGUGGACGAAUACGCGUGUGACGUCGAGGGAUUGGAGCGUAGGUUCCUUCGAGCCGUGGAGGUUCCCGAAUUUCCGGAGCCGGCUGAAGGAGGCGUGAAGGAGGACGUGCCGGACGAGAAGACGAAGACGAAGAGGAGGAGGAGCUCGGCGGCGGCGAUCAUGCCGCCGCCGCCGCCGAGGCUGCCGGCGGCGGCGAUCGCGCCGACGACGACGGCGAGAAAGAGGGCGGCGAAGAAAAAGCGGCCGGCUCGCGUGGAUGGAUUCUGA